AUGAACAUACAGCUCAUGUUACAUUUGGACUCAUUUCACAUGUUUAUGCUAUGCGUGAACACAAUCAUCCAAUUGGUAGCUCUCAUAACAAACGUGAUAAGCAUUCGGAUUAUAUUUCUGAUGGAUAGACAUCGGGUGAAAAGGGCCCGACUCUUGAUGACAAACAUCGCCUUUUCUGAUAUUGUGUUGAUUUUAUUAAAACUACGAUUUCUUGUCCUACCCUUCAUCGUAGCCGACAGUCCUCUACUCUCUCAUGUCAUUCAAUCGGUGACCAACUGUUUAAACGCCACAACACUUUACGUUACGUCCAUAAUAAUGGUUGUCAUUGCCUGCGAUCGCUAUUAUCUCAUCACAAAUGUCUUUGACAGUCCAUUUGAUGCCAUUUCUACGAAAUAUUUAUUAUGGAUUGUAUGGACGUCCAGUUUCGUACUAUCGCUACCAUUUGCCGUUACAUCAGAUGUCUAUUAUUUUGAUUACACCAACGGAUCAAUGAUGUGUAUAAACGAUCAAAACUAUUUGGUUUCCCUUAAUACGGAUGAUAAGUUCCGACAAAUUACACGAUUAUUGAGGUUUGCGGUGCAGUUUGCUUUGCCGUCAGCACUGGUGGCAUAUUUUUGCGCGAAAAUAAUUUUCUGCUUAAAUAACACACAACUAAUGGACAAGAAGUGGAUCAUAACGAAGAGAUUUGUUGUGGUGUUUGCGAUAUUCCUCAUCAAGAACUCAGCCUUUCAUAUGAAGUCCACCAAAAACAUUGUCAUAGAGAUGUUGAGCGCCCGACAAACAUAUUCCUGUUAUCUAAACGCAGAAUAUUAUAUACUUUACAUUAUAUUCAAUACGAGCGGCUCUUUUACAUCGUUGAUCUAUUUCUGGAUGAGCUCUGAGUUUCGUCGACUUUAUAAAUGUUAUGUCAAUCAAUGGCUGUUUAAAAGUACAAACAGUGGUAUUAUAACCACUGAUGAGACGACGGUCAAAGAAAAUCAAUGUUGA